AUGUUGAAGAUUAUUCGUGUUCUUCCCCCUAUUGUUCCUAGCAGUCAAGUGAAAGCAAACUCCUCAACAUGGGAGGCAUCGGGUGAGACAUUAAACAACAUUGACCAUGAAGCAAUGGUUGUUGACCUUGCACUUGUAUUAACCAUGCAGGUUAUGUUGACUGACUUUAGGGUAGCAAAGCAAUUUGAUGAAAGCACAAGGUUAAAUUCCAUGUGUGGGACAUUAGAAUAUAUGACACCUGAAAUUGUACAAGGGAGGGGCCAUGAUAAGGCCAUUGAUUGGUGGAGUGUUGGAAUUUUAAUGUAUGAAAUGCUUACUGGAAAGCUAUCAUGGCAACCUUCAACAGUAGUUUUGGACCGGCACCUUCUUGCAAAAGAUAUCGUGUACGUGUUCUUCUGCUGCUAUUGUGGAUUCGGGAACAUCCUUGCUUACUGGUCCAACUGUAUGUAUCUCACGUGA